AUGAAACAGUUGUCUGAUGCUGGAAUCACCGAAGAUGACCAGCGACGUAUCGUUUUAAACAAUACCAUGGAUAUAGGACGCGGAAAAGAGGUGCUAACAUCCGAAACCUCUACCUCACAAUCCCUAUAUCUAAUGUCAUUGGUGACCAGCAGUUCAUCGAUUUUGGAUGAGAUUGGUCCUCUUCAGGCCGCUGCUCCAAAAAGGCCUUCGAGUCGUGGACGAAAGCCGAUGCAAAGUGCUGAACUGGCCUCUCCUGAAAAUCGUGCUGUUUUGAAGGAAAAGGCAGCAGCCAAAGGGGCGAAGAAGCCAACACCGCAGAAGCCAAAACCGAAGAAGGCAACAACGAAGCGAGCAACACCAUCACGAGCGGCCAAGCGCGUCAAACCAACAUCGCCACCAUCUGAUGAAGAAACAGAUUUUUGCAUCAUUUGCCCAAAGCUGUUGCCGCAGAAAUUGACCGCUGCCAACUCGAUCAAUUGCAAUGUAUGCAAGCGUCCAGUUCAUUUGAAGUGCGCCAACAUGCAGGCAAAUUAUUUCACUUGCAAAUACUGCGAAAGUGACGUGGACGACGACGAGGAAUAUUUCGAUGGCGAUGGUGAAUAA